UUGCGUUUGAAGCAGAUAAGAAAGCGAAGACAUGGUUUUUAUUGUCUGAGCUAACACUAACACUCAAAAGCUUCAAACCACCACUUUCAAUGGCUAGCUACUCCCGCCCUCACAUUUGCCAAUGUCUGAGUCAACUACUAACUUUCCGGCGACAUUUUCCGGUGACAAUCGCCGGUCACCGCCGCAAGACCGGGCAACAAUUGGUGGAGGAAGUUUCAUCCCUUGCACAAGGCCUUCUCCAGCUAGGAGUCACACCUGGUGAUGUAGUCGCCAUCUCUGCUUUCAACAAUGAUUGGUAUGUGGAGUGGUUAUUAGCCAUUGCAUUUGUUGGAGGAAUAGCUGCUCCUCUCAACUAUCGCUGGAGUUUUGAGGAGGCAAGAUUUGCAAUGACUGCAGUGAAGCCAGUGCUGUUAGUCAUUGAUGAGAGUUCCUACUCAUGGUACUUAAAACUCCACCAAAAUGAUAUCCCAUCUCUGAGGUGGCAUGUUUUGUUGGAUUCCCCUUCACCGGAUUUUACAAACAAGUGGAAUGGGUUAACUCCAGAAAUGAUUAAGAAGCAUCAUGUAAAGCCUCUAGAAUUUGAUUACUCCUGGGCACCUGAAGGCGCUGUUAUAAUAUGCUUCACCUCAGGAACCACAGGAAAGCCCAAGGGAGUGACCAUAAGCCAUGGAGCUUUGAUCAUACAAUCUCUAGCCAAGAUUGCCAUUGUUGGGUAUAGUGAGGAUGAUGUCUAUCUGCAUACUGCUCCAUUAUGCCAUAUUGGUGGCUUGUCAUCAGCCAUGGCCAUGCUUAUGGCUGGAGGAUGCCAUGUAUUGAUGCCCAAGUUUGAUGCUAAAUCAGCAGUUGGUGCCAUAGAGCAAUAUAAAGUGACAUCUUUUAUCACAGUUCCUGCAAUAAUGGCCAGUCUGAUGUCAACAUUAAGGCUCAAAGAAACAUGGAAAGGGGGAGAUACUGUGAAGAAAAUACUUAAUGGGGGUGGAAGCCUCUCACUUGAGCUAAUCAAAGACAGUAGCAUAUUCUUCCAUAAAGCUAAGCUCGUUUCAGCUUAUGGGAUGACAGAGGCAUGUUCUUCAUUGACAUUCUUGACACUGCAUGAUCCAAUUCACAAACCCACAAGCCAGGCCCUUCAAACAUUUGGUGAGACGGGAUCCGAUGUCAUUCACCAGCCACAAGGGGUUUGUGUUGGCAAGGCUGCACCCCAUGUAGAACUGAAAAUAUGUGCAGAUUCCUCUGGUCACAGUGGAAAAAUUUUAACUAGAGGACCACAUUUAAUGCUCAGGUAUUGGGAACAAAUCCUCACAACCCCAUUGAACCAGAGGAAUGAAGUCUGGCUUGACACAGGUGACAUUGGAUCAAUUGAUUGUUUUGGCAAUUUGUGGCUCCUUGGACGAACAAAUGGCCGUAUCAAAAGUGGUGGGGAGAACAUUUACCCUGAAGAGGUUGAGGCCAUUCUACUAGAACAUCCAGGCAUUGCUAGUGUUGUUAUUGUCGGAAUCCCAGAUGCUUAUCUGACAGAAAUGGUAGCAGCUUGUAUACAACUGAGAGAAAAUUGGCAAUGGAUCGAGCACUCUAAUUCAAUUGAAGAGUUUCAUCUAACUAGCUUGAAUCUCCAGCAACACUGUAUGGAAAAUAAUUUAAGCAGGUUCAAGAUACCGAGGAUGUUUAUUGAAUGGACGAAGCCUUUUCCACUUACUACCACGGGAAAAAUAAGAAGAGACCAAUUACAAAAGGAAGUUUUGUCUCAGCUACAAUCUUUGCACAGUAACCUUUGAAUAUAUCAAGGCCACAGUGCACAACAUUGCCCUCAUCCUCCAAGCUUCCAAGAACAGGCUGCUGUGGAAUUCAGACACGGUAGAGUCAAAAAUUUUUGUUGGUAUUCAACCACACAAUAUUCAACCACACAAUAUUAAACAACAUGUUUGCUAUCAGAAUGUAGGCCAACAAGUAAUUCAUCACUUAUGUGCCAAGAUACAAGCACAUCCAAACAAUGAAAAUCUGUUUGUUGAUCCGAGUAUUCCCAAUAAAUAUGUCUAUAAUGUGAAGAAUUCUGCCAAAAUGGGUUAUUUGGCACACUUGAAAAAAAUAAUAAUUUAAAUUAGCCAUAUCUUAUUCGUCAAUGUAGCAUGUUAACAAAUAAGUUGAUUGUACAUACCAUGUGGUUCAAAAUGAACAUUAAGCGCUGU